ACAUUUAAGACCGCGGCAUGCAGUUCUGGACUGAUGGAACUGACAAAGACACAGAGGGGACGUGGAUCUUGGGUACCACUGGCGAAUAUUUUGAGGUAACUGAUUGGCAAACCGGCGAGCCGAACCAAAUGGCGGGCGAAGAAGACUGUCUAACGUUCUUCCGUAACUAUGACUACCGCUGGAACGACGAGCAUUGUGAUAGACGAUAUGGCUACGUGUGUGAGAAGGAAAUGACAUCAGUGAUAGUGGUUGGAUAACAUGUUGGAGUUGCUACACACAUGGCGUAUCUUUUCGCUGGAUAAAAUGUAUAGUAAUAAACACGGUAUACGCAACACGC